AUGGCGUCCACUGUUCGACUACGUAAUUUAUUAAAUGAAAUUUUUUCUCUUGGUCGUCGAAGUCCGAUAUUAUCCUCAGAAUAUGUUCGAAUAUUUUUAAAGCAUUAUGAUCGAAGCAAUAAAAAUGAAAAAUAUUCUGUUCUUUCCUAUAUUGCUGAAUCUUAUCAUCUAGAUCCUAAAACGAUACUUAACGAGUUGUCACAAGUACAAAACGAUAAAACCAAUAUAAUUCAAAAAUGUCAACGUUUGAAUAAUUUAACACAACCAAAGUAUACUGAAUUAUUUCAUUUAAUUGGUAGACAAGAAGAGGGCGUUAAACAAUUGGUUAAACUACGUUCAGAUUUAUUGAAUUUUCUUGAUGAACCAGAAUAUAAUGUGCAAUCAACUAGUGAAAUUCGUCAGUAUCUAAAGCGAAUGAGUGAAGUAUUAAAACAACUUUUAGCAACAUGGUUUACAACUGGUUUAUUAAGUGUUGAAAGGGUUACGUGGCAAUCACCGUGUGAAAUAGUUCAACGUGUGUCCGAAUAUGAAGCUGUACAUCCAAUUCGUACGUGGGUUGAUCUCAAAAGACGAUUGGGACCUUAUCGACGUUGUUUUGUUUAUACACAUUUUAUGAUGAAAAAUGAUCCACUGGUUAUUCUACAUGUUGCACUUAUGGAUAAUAUUUCAGAUUCAAUACAAGAGAUUAUUCGUCGAGUAACAUUACAUGAUGAAUCACAUACAGAAACGCCAACAUCAGAUUCUUCUUUGGCUACAUCAUCAACUGAUUCCUUAAUACCAUCAAUAAAGUCAAUGCCAUCGGAGGAAAAUCCAGAAUUUAUUCAUUCAGCUAUAUUUUAUUCGAUAUCAUCAACUCAGUCAGGUUUACGCGGUAUUGAGUUAGGCAAUUCUCUAAUUAAACGAUGUGUCCAAGACAUUCAAAUAGAAUAUCCAAAACUACAACAAUUUUCAUCGUUAUCCCCUAUACCAGGUUUUCGAGCUUGGCUAACAGAUAAAAUCAAACAUGGUUGUCCGCAACUAUUGUCACUUGAAAGAAGCGAAUGGUUAAAAUCUGUACUAGCGACAAAUAUUUGGCAUUUAGAUACGAAUGUACUUAAUGAAAUAAAACCAAUAUUGAUGAAAUUAUGUGCACACUAUUUGUAUGUCGAGAAACAACGCGGUUUUGCAUUGAAUCCUGUGACUAAUUUUCAUUUGAAAAAUGGUGCUUGUAUAUGGCGUUUAAAUUGGUUGGCUGAUACGAGCGAACGAGGAUUAAAGAGUUCUUGUACAAUGAUGGUAAACUAUCGAUAUUAUUUAAACGAUAUUGAACAGAACAGUAUCGAAUAUAUUGACAAAAAAGUGUGUACUGCUGAUGAACAAUUUCUAAAAUGGUUGACACAUAGUAAAGAUAGGUUUUUUACGAUGGAUCAAGAUGAAUUAUUGCGACAAUUAAUUGAAAAUAAUCCGAUCAAUGUUGAAACAUUGAUAAAUGGUCCGAUAGAUUUACCAAUAUCAUCUGUAUCCUCAACAUCAAUGGAAUCAAUGGAAAAAAAUCAGCAGUUACUAGUCCAUAAUGUUAAUGAUAAUAAUAAUGAUAUAGAUGAAUUUGUAGAUGAAACAUUUAUUGAACGUAUUCUGGCGCUCAAAGAAAUGUUUCCUGAACCUGUGCAACAAUUUGGAGAAAAAUUAAAUCAUUUAACAAGUAAAACAUCAAAACUCGCGUAUAAAAAUGUACGAUCAGCCUCAUGGUGGUGUAUGUCGUCGUUUAGUAUAUUAAUAUUUCCGAUAUUGGUUCAAAAAGAAUUGCUACAAGUAGCUCAACAGAUAGCUCAAGAACAACGAUCCCUCUUACUGGGUCCACAAGCAACUAUUGGUGGUGCUAGUGCAUUUAUGUAG